CUGAGUCUGAGAGUAUGAGCACAACUCAGUGGCCAGGGAGGUGGAGGCGUGUUGAGUUCUUCUGCUGAGGAGACAGAGGGGAGCUUUGUGUGGCGGCGGGAGGGUGCCCGGCCUCCUAUCUCUGGUGGUGCAGCGUGGUCCUGGCAACAUGCAGGGGCUCCUCUUCGCCACCUUUCUCCUCGCUGCUCCGUCACAGUUCCGCUGCAGGGCACAGGUCACUGGGCCAUUAGACGUGACACCUGAAGGAAGGCCUGGAGAAGCAUCGGGAGAGCAUCAUCGUAAACUGUUUUGUCAGUGGCCCUGUGAAUGCCCUCCGAAGCCCAGUUGCCCUCCUGGAGUGAGCUUGGUGAGGGAUGGCUGUGGAUGCUGUAAAACCUGUGCCAAGCAACCAGGGGACAUCUGCAAUGAAGCUGACCUCUGCGACCCACACAAAGGGCUGUACUGUGACUACUCAGCAGACAGGCCUAGGUAUGAGACUGGAGUGUGUGCAUACCUGGUGGCUGUGGGAUGUGAGUUCAACAGGGUGCGUUACUAUAAUGGCCAAGUGUUUCAGCCCAAUCCCCUGUUCAGCUGCCUCUGUGUGAGCGGGACCAUUGGAUGCACACCUUUGUUCAUACCAAGACUGAUUGAUAGUUACUGCUCUGGUGCUAAAGGUGGAAAGAAGUCUGAUAAAAAGAAAUGUGGCUUGGGCCCAUUACAACAGCAGCUCUCAAAAACCUACAAAACAAUGCCAGCUUAUAAGAAUCUCCCACUUAUCUGGAAAAGAAAAUGUCUUGUGCAAGCAACAAAGUGGACCCCUUGCUCCAGAACAUGUGGGAUGGGAAUUUCUAAUAGGGUAACCAAUGAGAAUAACAACUGUCAGAUGAGAAAAGAGAGAAGACUGUGUUAUAUUCAGCCUUGUGACAGUAAUAUAUUAAAGACAGUAAAGAUACCCAAAGGAAAAACGUGCCAACCUACUUUCCAACCCUUGAAGGCUGAAAAAUUAGUCUUUUCUGGAUGUUCAAGCACUCAAAGUUACAAACCCACUUUCUGUGGAAUGUGUCUGGAUAAGAGAUGCUGUGUUCCCAAUAAGUCCAAAAUGAUCACCAUUCAAUUUGAUUGCCUCAAUGAAGGGUCGUUUAAAUGGAAGAUGCUGUGGAUCACAUCUUGUGUAUGUCAAAGAAACUGCCGAGAUCCAGGAGAUGUAUUUUCUGAGCUCAAGAUUCUAUAAAGUUAAGCACAUGGUGAAAACUCAAGGUUACUCAAUCCUGUCAUUACAUCAAAAAGUUAAAAUGGUUUAAAAAAAAUGGUGAAACUUCCUUAAUGGUUUAAAAUAGUAAGAAUGCCUAACUACUGACAGAUGAUUAUA